AUGACGAGUGCCGCUGUUCCAGGGCCAGGUUGCACUCUAGGCUCCCUGUCGCUCCCGGUCCCCUGUUUAGGCCGUUUGCUUCUGCAUAGAAAGGUGUGGCACUUGAAUGCAGACGAGCAAUCCCCCUUGCUCCAGACAAGGCGCGGCUCAGAGUGGUCGCAUGUUUGGGGCAUUGUAUCAGAUAACAUCGACUGGGCGGUUUGCCAGGGAGUGAAAUUGAUCCCUCUCCAGUUCUUCGACUUGGACGGUAUCGUCAAGCUGAAAUCUAUGGAGGGAGGCGGCAUGGGCUGGCCUGACGUUGACAGCUUCAGCGUUGCCUACACAUCAUCUGACGUGAUCGCCGAGUAUCUAAGGCUCGGACAUCCCCCGAAAGAGGAAGACUUGAAGGAGUAUGAGAGAAAGGGCAAGUCAAAGGGCAGCUUCGGCCGGCGCGGCUGGCCCAUGAAGUGGUGGUACGACUCCGUCCUGAUCGAGCUCGCGCUUCUUUUCGGCACAGAUGCAACGACGCCGUUCAUCCAGAAGCACAAGCUCUACCAGCAGAUCGGCCUCCGAAUGGGCCAGGAUCCCAUUGAGUCCAUCACCAGAUGGUUCCGAGAUCAGCUAUACUCCCGGAAGCUGCGCUGGAAAGAGGUGUACCUGGAGGCUUUGUCUCCGGUCCUUGCAGACCUGGCCGAGAAGGACGGCGAUUUUGGCCUCGCUCUGCAGUGCUCGCGGAAGGUCUAUGAACAGGAUGCUCGUUCCCUCAGGAAUGUUGUCAUGAACCUGGAACGACAGCGGCGACAGAACGGUGAGAAGGCUGUGGCCAUCGAUUCCUCGCUGCAUCAGGCAAACCAGGAGCGGGCCAAGGAGCUGCCCGUGACUUCGAGCCUCCUCCUGCGCUCUGCGGCGUUAGCGGACAAGGUGUGGCUGGACGUUCAUCUCGAGGAUGUCUCCCGCUUGGGCGCGCCCGUGUCUACUCAGUUGUUCUCGGAUCUUCGACGAGUUCUCUACCAACUUCUCGGCAGGGACUCCAUCACUGAGACGAAGGGAGACCAUUCUGGCGUCACGGCCAGCAAGAUGGUGUUGUCCGACGCAGGAUCGCUUCCAGACGCCAAGGCUGUUCAAAGAUGGACUUGGUCGCAUCGAUGGCAAAUGUUCCGGGCCAUCGUCGAGCACAAUCUUGUCCAUGUCAAGCGCAAGAAAGUGAAGAGCAACCCAGCACCAGAAGGGGUCGAAUCUGCUGAGCCAGCAGAGAUUGUGGUGCACCGGACCUUCAAGGAGAAUCAGAGCGAUGAUGCCGUUCCUGACUGGGCCCAUGGCUCCUUUGCAGCCAUCGUGCUAGAGUACGUGGCAUCCCUGAACCAGAGGCCGGAACAGCCCAUGAUCCGCGAACAUGAGUUUGACACACUUGCGGCCACCCUCGCCCUCUGCUGCGACACGGCGCUUCCCGGCGCGCCCCUGGGCAGAGCCUCGGCGCAGGUGCAGCAGCGGAUGUACCAGGUCAAGGAGCUGCUUUACAGCCACAUCACGACUCACUUCCAUGCGAACUCCGAGAUCCGCCUACCGCCACGUGGGGCUUCUGUGGCGACCUACUUCCAGACGGCUGCUCACCUUCUGAUGGACAUUGCGCGGCUGCUCUGGCUUGACGCAGACUUCGGACAUGGGUCCAUGGUCUUUCUCCCCGAGCCGCGUGAGAUCUUCUCGGCUCAGAUCUUCGCGGCGCUUUACUUGGCCGGUGCGUACGAAUCCUGGGAGCUGUCGUUCCCGGAAGGGGACUCGGCUUGGCAAUGGGAGGAGAUCAUGAAUCAACUGGUGGAGCUCAGACAUGAGGUUCUCUGGUGUCAGCCAUUCCGUACGUGGCGUGAGGAGCUUCUUUGGAGCCUCCGCCCUGGGGUGAUUGCCUGGCCCACAGAGCGGCAACUUGACGAGGAGCGCAAAAAGUCGUCGCACGUCGAGGAGUUGCCCAUCGAUGAGCACCGUGACAAGAUCUUGAAGCACAUCGAAACUCAUCGCGUCACGCCUCGAGUGUUGGAGGCUUUGACGUGUGCUUUCAACUCGGCCAUGCCACUGCGGCAGAGCCUGUCUCUGACAGACUUGAGCUCCUUGGGCGGAAGCCGUUCUACGUCUUUUUUCGAUGCUGUCAAGGCCAAGACGCACCAGUUCCCCUGGGAGACAAAUGAUUGCAUGUUUGUCAUGGGUCCCGUCGGGGACAUGCUGCUGAAAAAACUGAAGGAGAAGGACGUUACACCGACUGCGGAUCCAAGAAGCUAUUCAACCAAGUCCUUCUGCUCUACACCGGUAUCUCCCUCUACAGCGCUCCGCCGUGGGAAGUGCAAGAUUGCAGGCAGCAGGUGCAAGCGUUACAACCCUCGCCUCUUUAUCCCCCAGUCGUUGAUGGACGGCUUGGAGAUCGCCAAUGAACUCAAGUCUGCGGCGAACAAGCUGUUAGAGGCGGCAGCCGACGAAGUGCCGUAUGGCAUCGAGGAGACCGGAGAAGGGGAGGUCACAGGGCGCCGAGAGAUCCUACCGGGCAUCGCGCCUCAUGAUCUCGCCUUCGAGCUGGAGGAACCGAUCCCGAAUGGGGCCCCGGUUUUCACAAAGCCAGGCCGAAUUGCACGUUUCAGAAUCAAGGAAGAGCGCUGGAAUCGAGAGAUGUUGACAGCUGGCGACGGUGUCAAAGGGGUUCUGAAGCGCCUCAGCGCCUCCGAGUUCGCCUGCAACAUGCAGCUCCUCGGGGAGCUCAGGGAGUGGUGCGACGGAUACCGGGCCAUCAAGGCCAAGAGACUGGCAGAGAAGGCUUUUCACCUCGCAGAGGACCGCGAGCUUGCUUUGCAGCGCCGCCGCAGUGCCAAGCGCAGUGACCAGCCUGAGCUGGUGGAGCGGGGCCAGCUGCGGGCCAAGAAACUGGGUGAGCUGGCUGCCAAGGAUGUCGAGCAUACGAUCGACUCCGCCUUGGAGAUCUGUCAUUGUGGCUACCAAGAGAUUUGGCACGAGGGACCUGUUUCUUUUGAGGUUCCUCGUGUCCCACAGCGCCGCAAUUCGCGCCGGCUUUCAAUCUCCAGGUCACCACUGGAAGCGAUGGCACCGGCGCAUGUGUGUUGCUCAGAGACGUCGCAAAGCCCAGCACUGAUCUGCACGGCCACGCGGCAAUCUUGCGUCGAGGAUGCGGUACUGUCCGAGGGUCGCCUCUCCCUUCGGCAUGCUGGGGCAUCGAUUAUGGCGGCAAGCGCGUGA